ACGAGUUUUGUUUCAAAUUUCCUAAAUUUCUUCUUAAGCAAACUUUAAUUUCAUACGUUACUUUGUGAGGACAACAAGUUUCAUAUAGAGAGUUUUGAUGUACAGUAGAGUAUCUGUAUUCUCUGAAAAAUUUAUCGCAUGUCGAAUUGCCAGCACGUGGUGAUCUGAAACCACGUGAAACCCGGUAUUCCCUUUAGUAUUAGUCUGAAACCAAAAACUAUUCCCGAAAAUGGAAGUCGAUGACUGCGAGAGUGUCAGUGAAGCUAAGGGCCAGACGUUGAAAAAGAAGAUUGAUGUUUUAGGAGCAAUGGCCAAAUACAAUUUGAAAAAGCAACAAGAAAGAGAACUAAGCAUGAAACCUGCCACAAAGCAACAGAAUAGCCCAAAAUGCACUCCAGAGAAACGUCCCACCAAUUUCAAGCAAGAAUAUGUUAAAAUCGAGAGGAAGGAAAGUGAUGUUGGCAUCUCAGAGUAUGUCUCGAAAGGUGCAGGCUUUUCAGCUAUUCUCAAACAACGGUACUCAGAUUUCCAGGUACAUGAGAUUGACAUGAAUGGCACAGUUAUUCAUUUAACUGAUCAGUCUAUUGUUGAAUAUGUUGCACCACCCCCAACUGUUGCGUUGGCAGAGCAACAAAACGUUUUAACACCAGAGCAAUGGAAGAACAUUGAAGACAUGGUGAAGAAUGGAGACCCAAAGCAAGUUGAAAUAGAUGUCACAGAAAAAAGCAAAGAAGAAAGACAAAAUAUUCACAAAAUAGUGAGGACUAAAUAUGAAGAUGAAAAUGUCACCAGCAAUUCAGCACCUGUUGAUGGAAGAACAGUGAUGAAGAUAUUUAAAAUGGAAGGAAGACAGGAAAGGCGUCAAAACGAUAAACGACGUAUGGGAUGCAUGUAUACUCAGUUUGUGUUAUACAAGGAAAACCAGAGCACAAUGGAAGCAGUGAACACAGUUGCGAGAAUAAUUAAGAUGAAGCCAGCAUGUUUCAUGACUGCAGGAACUAAAGACAAAAGAGCUAUUACAAGCCAACUGGUGACUGUAAAAUCUGUGGAACCUCUUAAGCUUCUCAAUAGCGUAAGGUCCAAUGCAAAGAUUGCUGUUGGAAACUUUACUUACACAGAGAAGCCUUUACAAUUGGGAAAUUUGAAGGGUAAUCGUUUCGUCAUUGUACUAAGAAACGUACUUGGCGACGAGAGUCAAAUUUUGGCAAAUCUUGAAUCGCUAAAAGAAGUUGGUUUCAUCAAUUAUUAUGGAUCUCAGCGCUUCGGCACGCGACAUGUGCCGACGCAUUUCAUCGGAAAGCAGUUGAUUCUUGGGAGAUGGCAAGAAGCUAUUAAUCUGAUUUUAGAGCCUCCUGAGAUUAAUGGCAAGUAUCAGCGCGAUUACGACCUUACACUUGCUCGUGUAGAAUACAAAUCAUCAAAAGAUGCCCAUAAAGCUUUCGGGAAGAUAAAAAAGAGCCUCCAUACAAUCGAGGCUCAACUCUUGUUAAAUCUGAAGAAACAUGGCAAAGAUCUCCUUGGUGCCUUAAAUACCAUUCCUCGCAACAUGCGGCUUACUUACAUUCACGCCUAUCAGAGUUUCCUCUGGAAUACAGUCGUUUCCAAGCGUCUUUCAACCUUUGGUCCAAAGCCAAUUGUAGGCGAUCUAGUCUACGCACCGGGCAGUAGCAACGACGAUGUCGACCCAGAAAUAGAAAUGGAAAACGAGGAUCAAGUGGAAGCCGAAACUGAUCAGUCAAAUGAAAAAGAUGUUGAUGGUGAAAAGUCGAAUAAAAAAGCCCAGCGCAAUCAGCGAAAAGUCAUUUUCAUCGACGAGAACAACAUUCACAACUACACCAUCAACGAUGUUCUUCUUCCACUUCCCGGUUUCGACAUAACUUACCCGGCCAAUGAAGUUGCCAAAUGGUAUACGGAACUUCUUCAAGCGGAUGGCUUGUCUGAGAUGGAUUUCAAGCAGAGCACAAAAACGUACAAUCUUGGCGGAGCGUAUCGACUGGUGAUGUCAAAGCCGUCGGACGUGAAAUGGAAAUUCGUACGUUACGAUAAUCCCACGUUGAACCUGAUCCCUUCUGACUGGGAUCGACUAGAAAAUACCCAGCUCCCUCCUGCUGUUGUGGAAGAUGGCGCUUACCUCGGAUUGAUACUCGAAUUCAACCUGCCGGCCUCGGCGUAUGCCACCAUGGCCCUGAGAGAGAUUACCAAGAUGGACAUGAGUUCCGAAUUUCAAACGACACUCAACGAAGCGGGCGGUAGUAAACAGCCUGCGCCAGUCGCUGGUGGCGAAACGGCCGAAAACGAACCUGAAGUGAAACGAAUUAAACUGGAAGAUAAUAAAGAAUCUGCAGCGCCAGCCGCCACUAGCGAAAUGGCCGCCAACCAAUGCGAAGUGAAGCGAAUUAAAACGGAACCGGAUUCAAACCAACAUUCUGUCGCACCAGCUGCCAGCGAGUUUUCCGAGAAUCCCGGCGUGAAGCAAAUCAAACAGGAGUCGGGCGUCACGUCCCCAUGAAAAGUUU